AUGUCGGCCUUCUUCUACUCUGGUCAUCAACAGCAUCAUCAUCCUCAAGCCAUGCACCAUAAUCCUCAACCUCAUAACCACCAUGGUCGCUCCCGGCGAGCCCCGCGCUUACCCGCCUCCCAUAACCGACACUAUCGUCAACAAAAGCCGCAGAAAGAGGUGGUCGUGUCCGAAAACCCCAACUUGACUGCUUUCCGGGCGAGAUUCGAGGCUGGCCGUUCUUUCGACCUCGAUGAUGACCUCGAGUUCUGCCCCAAUUUGUUGACGUUUGAUGAAAAACAGUCAGUGUCGUCAGGCUCUGAUCGCUCGUCCCUCUCGAGCGGCUCCCCCGAAUCGUCUCCUCUCCAACAUCAGAUUCAACCCGAUCAGAUAACACCUGCGCUAUCCCUAUCUGCCACCACCUCGGCAUACGUUUCCCCUUCGUUCCACAAUAAUACCCUCAAGGUUCACCAGCCAUCGGCCAUCCGUUCCGGCACCAAGGCCAUCCCCAUAGUGAACCCCUCGACCGGCAUCCGCAUCGCAAGCCCGCCAUCUAGCAUCUCGCCCGGCAUGAUGCAGAUGUCCGCUGGUCGGUGGUAG